CUGUUUUGGUGACGUACCGGAAACAGUCAGGGUGACUUUAGAACAGGACGAAGGCAUGGUCGCGUAUGUUGUGAGACCUCAAGCACCUCUAGAUUUUGUGUAGUCUUUUUAAUAUUUAUAUGUAAGUGUGCACAUAAAAGAGCACAAUGGCGUCGUGGAGCUGCCGGCUUCUUCUCCAGCGGGGAACUCGAGUCAUGUCUCUCCGGGCAGCAGCUGAAAGUCCUGCCCAUGUGGUGAGUUGUGUUAGGACAGUAAAGACCUCAACGUGGUUUGAUGAAAACCUCACAGAGGACAACCAGGAGUACAUGAGAAAGAGCAUGGCACAGGAGGGCAGGAUGCAAACGGCUGAUAAGCUCAACCCCCUCAAAGAUGAGCCCUGGCAGCGCCAUGAGUGGACACAGGGUAGCCGAAGAGUUGGGCUAGUAGCCGUGAAGUUGGGGAUGGCUCCUAUCUGGACGAAAUCAGGCGAAAGACAUGUAGUCACCAUGUUACAGGUGCAGGACUGCCAUGUAAUAAAGCACCUGUCCAAGGAAGAAUUUGAUGGACACACCGCUGCCCUCAUGGUAGGAGGGAAAACCGUAUCACCCUUCCAUAGGUCUGAAGAGGAGAUGGAGAUGUUCAGGAAUGCAGGCGUGCCCCCGAAACAGAAAGUCACCACCUUCAAAGUCUCAGACAACGCCCUCAUCAAGCCAGGCACUCCUCUUUAUGCGGCACAUUUCCGUCCAGGCCAAUUUGUGGACGUCACAGCCAAAUCCAUUGGUAAGGGUUUUCAAGGCGUGAUGAAGCGAUACGGGUUCAAAGGUCAGCCAGCCACCCACGGCCAAACCAAAACUCAUCGCAGACCAGGAGCCUCUGGACCUGGAGGGGAUCCAGCCAAAGUUUUCAAAGGGAAAAAGAUGCCCGGCAUGAUGGGCAACAUCUUUGUCACAGCUUUUGGACUGAAGGUAUGGAGGGUCAAUACCAAGUAUAACGUGCUGUAUGUUAACGGCUCUGUCCCCGGCCACAGGAACUGUGUGUUGAAGAUAAGAGACACUAUCCUGCCAACCAGGAGCUCCUCCCUGCUCAGCCCUCCUUUCCCAACCUAUUUCACAGAAGAGGAAGGCGACCUGGACGAAGACCUGUACGACGAUAACUUGUUCAUUCACACAGACCCAUCGUUAACACUGACCUGACCACCCACACAAACAAACAAACACACACACACGCACACACACAAAUGUCUUGUUUUCAUCUAAACCCACAAACCAUGUCUGGAUCUUGUAAUAAAGAGUAAUUGCUUU